AUGGAUUUUUUGCGUAAAGUUGCUAGACCUAAUCCUCCUCAAGAGUCUGUUGCGUCGCGUAUAUCUCAACCAGGGACAGAAGGCAGUACUCAGUUGUCUGAAAAUUCGCAACCAAGCACUUCUAAAAGACAAAAGACCAUGCCACCACAGCAACAUAUAAUGGACUUAGAUGUCAAAAUGAGCGAGUUUUUAGACAGCAGGCUAUCACAACAAACUGAUCCCCCAAUUUUAUCAUUUUUUAAAGUCAAAAUGUCACUACCAAAUUCCAGAAGUCUAGCAUUAAAAGAAAUUAUUAAAGAUCUCCAAAAAAAUAGUUCGACAAAUAUCGAAGUAGAAAAAGAAAAUUUAUUACCAGUAAGCCCAACCGACCAGAAAGAACCGAUAGAAAAUCAAGUUGUACCUUCUACUUCAAAAAGAAACAUACCUUUAAAUGAACGUGCUUAUAAUGUACACCAAAGUUUACGUGAUAAAGGAUCGUCCUACUCUUCCGAUCAAAAGUCUGAUCAAGAUUUUUCGCCUGCUUCCGAUGAUGAUAGGGAGUAUAUACCCCCAUCUAUAGCUGACAGUUCGUCUUCAGACGAUGAUUUCAAGCGACAAAAUAAACAAAAACAACAUAAAACUUACCUCUCUCAGCCAAUCAAAUCUUUGGAAGAAACAAAGUGUCCAAUUAAAUCCGUCUCGUCAAGAUCAACUUCUAUGUCGUCAUCUUCUAAUACUUCGAAAUCCAACUCUAACACCAGCUCAGAUUCUUCUAGCUCAGAUUCCGAGUCUGAUUCCUCAAAAUAUUCAGAAGAUUACACAUCUCAUUUUAAUGAAGUUUCUUCUAUAGAAUCAAAUAUGAAUACAAAUAACAUUUCUGGACACUUCCCUCAUUCUGAAAAUUUACUUAACACCAGUCCAAGUGCUUUAAAUUUAUCUACAGAAAUUUCAACGGAUGUCCGAAAAUUCCAUAACUCGAAUGAACCGUUACCACUAAAAGUUCUUGCACAGAAAAUUGUCACCUCAUUAAUUACACAUCAACAAUCUUAUUUGUCUGCUUCUCGUUCAGCGGAGUGCCAAAAUUCUAACUCUUCUCCUAAAAAGACACGCAAAAGAAAACGAGGAAUAAACAAAAAAGCCUUGGCAAAAACAUUGCGCAAUUUAGGGCAAUCAUAUACAUCUACCUCAAAUGUUGUUAAAUCUUGUAGAAAAAUAGGAAAUCCUUGCGGUGAUGGUUGCCGACAAAAAUGUAAGGAGAGGAUUUCGGAGGAACAGCGUCAAAUUAUUUUUAAACGAUACUGGAGCAUGGGAUCUCUAGUUAAACAAAGAGAAUUUAUAUCCAGACAUAUUAGGGAAAUCAAGCCUAAAUACCAAUACAAAAAAAUUGAUAGCAAUAGAAAACCUAAACAUUCUUUUUAUUUCACUAUAGAUGGGGAAAAAAUUAAAGUUUGCAAAGUCUUUUUCAAAAAUACAUUGGGAUUAAAUGACAGACCUAUUCGCACCGUGAUUGAAAAAUUGAAUUCGUCAGGAAUCGUUGAACCAGAACUUCGAGGUAAACAUAACAAACAUCGUCAAGUAGUAUGCCUGGAUGUAACUCAUGUAAAAGAGAAAAUCCACAUAAUUAUACGUUUCACACAUUCCCAAAAAAUAUUGAAGUUCAACAAAAAUGGCUGA